ACGCUAAGAGGAGGAAACGGAGAGAAGCUGCGCCACACUGUUGUGUGAAAGGAACAUACGCCACAUUCUGCUGUAAGACUCUGCUGCUUUCAAGGACUACAAUAAGAAAAACAAGGGAGUACAAUCAUGUCAGCUCUGUUGAUAUGAUGGACUAUCAUCUGAAGAGUAGGACAUGGUGAACUCUGAGAUAAUGGAGGACAGGAAUGGAGUUUGCCAGGUAGUGGAGGAGAGUGAGGUGGAUGUUCAGACUGGAAUGACUCAGCCACAGACCAGCAGCAGCAAACUGAACUGGUCCAAUGGCCAGUGUGUUGUGUCGAUGCCGAGCUGUUCGUCAUUAAACCCCAGCUUUGAUUUGUCUCUGUGUCGCGCCAAACUGGAGCGAGAUGGCUUUCAGAUUCCAGUAGGAGACAUGGAGGCUCUGCUGAAAUCUGCUCUGGAUGUCCCUUCAGUGAGGAGAUACAUGGUUUUCAACUCAGCCCUCUUUCAUUUUGUCCUGGCACCGAUGCUGUACAUGGUUGUGUGGUGUGCCGUGUUCUCCACCCUCCACCUCUACAUUGCAGUCAGUGAUUACUGGGUCCUCUGUCUGUGCGUCAGCCUCAUCUCCAUCCUCCUUACCACCACCAUCAUCUUCAUCCUUCAUCACAGUAACAAGGAGAUCAACAUGAAUUUAGACGUCCGGUUGAUCCAGGUGAAUGAGAGGAUGGUGAAACACAAGCUGUUGGUGGGUGUUGCUGACUGGGUGCAGAACUGCACCGGAAACAUGCAGCUGUACUUUGUGUACUGGGACAUGUCUCGUUGUUUGAGGGCGCUGACUGAAACUUUAGAGGACCACAGCUUUGUCACGACCGACGCCCAGAGCAAACUGAAGAGCAAAAUGUCUCAUCUUGUCCUGGUGGCCGAAGUCCCGACCGUCGACCCUGAGGCCGGAGGGUCGGAUGUGGAGCAGAGAUGUGAUGAACAGAGGCCUCUGCUGGGGAACGAGGACACCGGCUGCAGUACUUCAUCCAGCCAGCGGGGGGGCACUAGAGUCACCUCCAGCUUCAGCCUUGUCCCUGAGGCUUCUUUACCUGCUCAGGCUAAAGCCUACCAACUCCUGAUGACCUACAGCGCAGCGUACGUGAAGCUGCUGGUGUCUGACAGGCUUCCAGGACCAUCGAACCACCCUCUCCGACCUUGCAGGAACCACUGCAGCACCGCCACCCUCUGCCUCUGCCAGUACAUCAAAAAGAAGAUCCUUCAAUAGCAGAGUCGACCUGUGGCAGAUCAGGAACCGGUGGGCUACACGUGUUUGACUUUUGAAGGCUUUUGAGCAGACAAACUGACACGUGGAAGCCUUUAUCUCUGCAGAUUAAGUACAUGUUGAUUUAAUGAAAGACUCAUUUGGAGCUUCACACUCUUGAUUUCUUUGCCUUUGCCUUUCCAGCCUGUGGGCUGCUGUAGCUUUGUGUUUGCACCACCUGGAUGUUUGCUCAUUUGCACACUGCCAAACGCUCAAAACACGUCUGUCCAGCUGCUGUGAAACAAUAUUUGUACUCUUGUAUACACAGCAAUCAUAGCAAUAGUUACUGCUCACUGCUGUUUAACUUAUUUGUACAAAUGACACGGAUAGAUUUUUGUAAUUUGCAGUAGAUUCAACAGUAAAUGUGUUGAAUUGAAGACGGUACAUUUGCACAGUUUUUUUUUUUCUUUGCUUGACUUUAAAUUCAAUGCUUUUUUACGAUUUUGUUCCACUACAUACCAGAGGGAAAUAUAGUACUGUAGUAUUUGACAGCUGUAAUGUUUCAGAUCAAUAUUUCACUAUACAUAAAAGCACAUAUGAUUUACUUAUCAAACCAAAUGUAUUAUUAAAGAUAUCCCACUGAAAAUUCUGCCGCUGUAUUUCGAAUGAUAUUUACAUAUUUCUGAUUCACAUUACACAUCGUUUGAAGGCACAAAGCUCCACAGUUCAGACAGCAUUUUAAGACAUCAGAGCCACAGCAGCAGCAGCAGCAGCAGCACUAGCUUCUCACUGUGUAAUAAGAGAAUGUACUUAAUGUUUUCACUAUGAAAGAGUCCAACAAGCAAAAUACUUACUAAGUUUUUAGUCCUUUUUUUGGGGGGGGUAAAAAAAAUAAAUAAAUAAAAAAUGUUAAGAUGUUAAAAAUACAAAAAAUCUAUCUUUUGUCCAUGCUCUCUGGAACAUUUGUCUGUACAUUCCACAACAGAGAGCAAAUAAAUUUUAUAAUUCAA